AUGUAAUUAUAGAGUGCCUACUUUUUUAUUAAAUAUUUAUUAUUUAAAGAACGGAUGUUUGAGAUUUUUCCUUGUAAAAAAGAAAAAGAGAUUGUAAGACGAGUAGAGAAUAUAAGAGUAAAACUGAACGAGUUAAUCUUGAAAAGAAUAGAAUAAUUAAAGGAAAGUCCGGUCAAAGAUUAAGAUAAAAUGGUAUUCUUAGACUUAUAUGUAACUGAAUACUUAAAAUAACAAACAUAAAAAGAACAAUCGAUAGACAUUGAAGAAAUAUUACAUCAAUUCAUAACCCUGUUCUUUGCUGGUACUGAUACAACAGCCACAACUUCUGGAACUUGUUUAUAUUAUUUAGCUAAAUAUCCAGAGAUUUAAUCUGAAAUCCUAGAAGAAGUAAGGGAAGUAAUUGGUGAUGCUGAUGUAAAUGAAGAAAAUUUAAAUAAACUAACUAAAGUUAAUGCUUUAAUAUAAGAAGUUUUAAGAUUAAGGAAUCCAGCAUUUGUUACACUCUUUAGAACAGUCAAACAUGAUAAAUAGGUUUAAGAUAUUAAACUUAAAAAGGGGUGGGCGUUAGUAUAAUUGUAAAAUGCUAGUAGUAUUUAAGACUCACAUUUUGAUGAUGCUACUGAAUUUAAUUAUAAAAGAUGGUUAAACAAAGGGAAUGUAGUUAAAAAUGAUAAUGGAUACAUUCAUAUUCCAUUUGCAGCAGGACCAAGAAAUUGUAUUGGAUAGCAUAUGGCAUUGAUGGAAGCAAAAGUUAUAAUAGCACUGCUUGUUAGAAAAUAUAAAAUACUGUUAAAUCCAGAUGUUUAGUAAGUUAGAUUUGGAGUCAAAUUUCUAUAAACUGUUGAACCAGACAACUGUUUAUUAUUUGAAAAAAGAAUUUGA